AUGGAGUUAGCUGCUAUUCACUGGGCCUUGGACAGCAUCGCCUCACGGCCUGUUGGGCACUACUACAUUGUAACGGAUAGUCUAAGCUCAGUUGACGCAAUACACUCAAUACGACCGGGAAAGCACUCGCCGUUCUUCCUAGAGAAGAUACGGGAUAUUUUGAGUGCUUUAACAAGACGUCGCUUUUCCAUCACCUUUGUUUGGGUUCCCUCUCAUUGCUCGAUAGUGGGCAAUGAGAAGGCAGACUCUCUGGCAAAGGUGGGGGCGACGGAAGGCGACACGUAUCCACGUGAAAUCGUCUUCAACGAAUUCUACUUCUUGGUACGAGGGAACUCUCUUGUCAACUGGCAGCGCAAAUGGGACGAGGAUGAGGAUGGUCGGUGGCUCCACUCGAUUAUCCCAAAGACGCGGUACUCUAUCGUUUUGACAUUGCUGGCAGCAAUUUGUGUAGUUGCGGCCAAGGUUACCAUGACAUCGAGCAUAUUGUUUGGUCGUGUGAGGUCCAUCUUGUCGCCAGAACGAAUUUAAUAGACUCCCUUAGGGCCCGAGGAAAACCACCUAAUGUUCCAGUGAGAGAUGUAC